AUGUACUUCAUUGAAUUUCUCUGCUUGGGAAGCGUUGAAUACAUCAUGGGUGGUUCCCUUCCAAAUGUUCAAUGCAUGGAGAGCGAGCAGGAAGCUCUUCUGAGGUUCACAGAAGGCUUGGUUGAUCGUUCGGAUCGCUUAUCUUCUUGGGUGGUUGAAGAAGAAGCUGAUUGUUGCAAAUGGAGAGGAGUUGAAACUUGGAUUCUAACAAUUUCAGUGGAACUAUUCCCUCACAGCUGUGCCAACUUAAGUUCUAUUCCACACGACAUUGGUUCCAUGAAACUUUUAGAACAGCUUGAUUUAUCCCGGAACGAGCUUUCAUGCUCCAUACCCACCAGCAUAUCUGAUUUAACUUCUCUUGGAUUUUUGGAUGUUUCACAAAAUAACUUAUCUGGAAAAAUUCCAUCAAGCGUGCAGCAAUUCGGUAAAGCAUCCUUCAUGGGAAUUCCUAACCUUUGCGGGCUUCCAACUGCAAAAGAUUGCUUUUUGAGUAAUGCGAUAUAUGACUAUGACGAUGCAUUUUGUAGAGGAUAG